UUUAUUUUUAAACAAUUAAGUUUUCUUUUGUUCUUCCUAUAACUGAAACUACUUGUUAGCUUCAUUUGAGUACUUACCAAAGUUAAGCACGUGUUUGCAGGCUAAAAAACAAAGACAAAUCAGUGAGAAAAUGGGGCAAAUCUCCUAGGAACUCGGUUGAUUUUAGAGACAUAAGCUUAGAGUACUUUCCCCAACGAAAGUACCGACGGCAACUCUGAGUAUUUUCUUGUCAGCAAUCUCAUAGAAGAGGCCAUAUUUUGGAGUAUCUUGUGGAAUGCAUUUCGAACAUUGGGGAAUCUUGAGAAGAGGAGAAUGUCCUCAGAAAGUCUUAAGCCCCGUUGAGGGAUGCUCUUUUUUUGCUGCUCUCCCCCAACACUAACACUUGCCUAACCAGACUCAUACACACAUAUUAAUGUACACCUAGUCAGGCUGCCCAUACUCCAUUUUGUGCAACUUCUGCCCCAACCGGCAGCGACGUCGACGGCGGCAGCGCUGCCAGUUGCCCCUCCAUCAUAUACGAGUAUUUGAAAUGCGCACUAGCUCUAGCUCAAAGAGCUUAUGUGUCUGUGUAAGCUCCCCUCCAAUGUUAGCAGAGUGUGGAUGUGUGAGUGGGAGAGUAUCCUGUUUUGGGUGGAUGGGUGUUAUAGGAAGUCCUGGCAGCGCUGUCGCUGAUUUUAUUUGCAAAGCCCCACGCUCUGUAUGUGUGCGUGUUUUUGCUGUUGCCUUUGGCUUUGCAAUACCUCCCUGCAAAAAUAUCCUCCUGCUACUGCCGCCACCCUCCAGGAUAUUCGCGUAUUUUUUCGCGGCUGCGGCGGCCAAACAUUUUUUGCUGCCAAUACACAUACCAGCGUACUCACACCCAUAUACACAUACACACAUGCUGGUUCGAUGGGGCAGCUGGGGCAGAGAGUCGCGGCAACGACAACGACAACGCAACGACACCGUCAGCGGUCGUCCUCGGCCUAUUCGCGGCGAAAUAAUUUUUCGCAUUUUUAGUACAAAGCUUCACAUCAACGUCGUCGUACAAACAAAUUUUUAUUUUCGGAUUUUUCAAUUACGUUUUCAUUUAUUUUUAAGUAUUAAGUUUGCGUGCACUCAAAAACAAAACCAAAAAAAAAAAAAUAUAUUUAAAAAAAAAACACACACUAAAUCAGCAACUAAAACUCGAACAAAAUCAUAAGAAAAUUCUUAUCCAGAAAAACAGUUGAUAGAUCGUGUGUCCAAAACAUCGAAUCAAAAAAGGAACUCAUUCAGACCAAACAAAAAAUCAAUGAAUCGAAUUAUAUUUACCGGCUUCUAAAGAACGAUUCUCAAGUGUUUUUUCGCCGUCUCUCCAAAAGUCUCGACUAAACUCUCAACCGGCAGGAACUCUCGACGAUUCUCAGUUUGUUAUUUGUUUCAACUUGUUUGCCCUCCCACAACACAAUAUCAUCAGUCCAUUUUAGUUCUUAAAAAAAUAUCUAACAAUAAAUAUAUGUUUAAAAACAAAAAAACGAAAAGUAAAAACCAGAACAUUAUGAACAAAUCGCGAAGAAAUUGAAAAUAAACAAAAAUGAACACUAGAUGAAGACAAAGACACAAGUUACAAAAUUCAAAUGUAAAAUCAAAAGUACAAAGCAAAAAGAUUGUUGGCAACAUUUUUAUAAGUAUAUAUACGUAUUAUUAUGAUUUGUAUAUAUUUUUUAUACGAACUCGAAACUACAGAGUCCAAAACUCAAUUUUGAUACGCAGAAUUGCUCAUGUGAUGCUCCGAAUCCUCCGACGGGUUACACCAUAUCGAGAAGUUAUCCAAUGAGAAAGCCGCUUAAAUUUUGGAGGAUCUAUGAUGGACGACAGAGAAAAAUAACGCUUUGUUUGUGAAAGAUUUUUUGAGCGCAAGCAAGGAUUAUUAAAACGAAAACCAAGCCAAAACACCUAAAAAAGAAACCUAAAACGACAAAAACGAAAAACGAAAGAAAAAAUCUUAAAAUUCAUUCGCAAGUUUUCGGUCAAAGCAUCGAAAACACACUUUUGAGAAUAAAAUCAAAGCGAAACCAACAAACCAAACUGGAAAGGAGCAGAACAUACCUAGAGGACGUGAACGGGAGUUAAAAGAAGGGAAAUACAAAUCAAAUCUAAAUAAAAUUAAAUGCAAAGGACAUUCGCAUGUGUGUGGUGGUGGAAAGAAAAUUCAAAACAAAAUUCACAAUUAGAAAACGCAGGAAAAAACGUAGAAAACGCAGACACAAAAUCAAAAGUGCCAGCAGCAACAGCAGCAACCAACUGUCAACAGCGGGAAGAAUUUUGAACUGGAACAUUUCGACCAAAAAAAUAAGUUGGGCGACAGCAAAAUUUCAACGUUUGGCGCACUACAACACAGCAGCAAACAGCAGCAAGGACAUCGCGGCCAGGCAGCCAGGAUUGCAGGAGCGAGCGGUUUUGAAAGCGCAGCACACAUCGAUAACCCCUUCUUUUUCUCACACGGACUAGGACUCACAUACGGACAAGGAUACACUUAAGCUUAGAAAGCGGUCCAAAGAAAAGCCACAGCCAGGACUUAAACUUGAAAUCACGCAUACGCCGCGGCGAAUUCUUGCUCUCUCUAUCUCUCUCUCUUUGCCAGAAACGAAGGGGAAAAUUUAGAGAAAAUCCAGCCAAUCCCAAGAAGCGGAGAGGGUGAAAGAGGGUUGCUGAGGGGAAGGCAGAGUAAGCGGCAGGGAAAGCAUCUGAGAGCUGAGAAACGCGAGGCGAGAGAACUGCUGCUGCUGGUGGGCAUCAUCUUAUGAUGUCAUCAGAGGAGUACGAGGCGGACUGUUUUGGUUUGUACAGCGAUGAGAACAACGUGCUGCUGAAGGCAACCGAGCCGGAGACAAUCGCCGUCAAGCAACAGCAACAGCAGCAACAUCAGCAACACCAGCAACCACCGCCGAACAGCAACGGUCACACGUCACCAAUACCCAUACAAAUCAACGGCGACGGCAUCGCGGCGAAUUGCGGCGAGAGUACCAAGACUAAUACCAUUACAAGCAGCAACAGCGGCAACACCAAUACAGACGCAGACAAGGAGCAAGAGAGAGAGAAGGCAAAGGAGAAAGCCAACGAAGAGGAAGCCGAAUCCAACGAUUCCGACGACGACGUCGUGGUUGUGCUCGAAGGCUGCGAAGGCAACGCCAGCAGCAGCAGCAACAGCAAUAGCAGCAACAACAGCAAUAGCAGCGGCAGCAACAGCAACGCCAGCAGCAACAACCACAAGGCAACGGCCACGGCGACGACGACGACGACGACGGCGAACGCGAACCAUUGUAAUCGCAGUGGCGGCAGUCGCAGUCAUCGCAGUGCCCGCAGUAGUCGGCAAAUCAGUCAUUCAACGGCCGUCGGCAAGACAACAACGUGCGCGGCUAAAAAACCAACCUCAACACAAGCGCCCACGCCAAUAGCCAAGAACUCGAACUUAAGCUCGAACGUAAACUCGAACGUGAACGUGAAUUCAAACGGUAGCGGAAACGGAAACGCGAAUAGUAAAGUGAAUCGUCGUUCGCGUCAAAGAUCCUUGAGCAAAGACAUUAACAGUCAGCAACAGAGCAUUAAUAGCAAUAGCAAUAGUAGCAACAAUAGCUGCAACGGCGGAGCAACGGCAACCGCUGCUGGCUUCAUGAGUAGCGCUGCCGCGGCUGCUGCGGGUGCCGCUGGUGGAGGAGCCCUGUUCCAACCACAAUCGGUCAGCACGGCCAAUAAUAAUAAUUCAAAUACACCGGCUGCUGCUGCCACCCACUCGCCCACCAGCAAUUCACCAGUUUCGGGCGCCAGUUCGGCCUCGUCCUUGUUGACGGCCGCAUUUGGCAACCUGUUUGGUGGCUCCUCGGCCAAGAUGCUGAACGAGCUUUUUGGCCGUCAAAUGAAGCAGGCCCAGGACGCAACGAGUGGCCUGCCCCAAAGUUUGGACAACGCCAUGCUGGCCGCCGCCAUGGAGACGGCAACCAGUGCCGAAUUACUGAUCGGCAGUCUCAAUUCCACGUCCAAGUUGCUUCAGCAGCAGCACAAUAACAACAGCAUUGCUCCCGCGAACAAUACACCGUUGAGUAAUGGCACAAAUGCCUCGAUCUCGCCAGGAUCGGCCCACAGUUCCAGUCACUCGCAUCAGGGCGUCUCACCGAAAGGUAGUCGACGUGUUUCCGCCUGCAGUGAUCGAUCCUUGGAGGCGGCAGCUGCUGAUGUUGCCGGUGGCUCACCACCACGAGCAGCAUCGGUAAGUUCGCUGAAUGGUGGAGCUAGCAGUGGAGAGCAGCACCAAUCGCAACUGCAACACGAUCUGGUGGCCCAUCACAUGCUGCGCAAUAUUCUGCAGGGCAAGAAGGAGCUGAUGCAAUUGGAUCAAGAACUGCGCACUGCCAUGCAGCAGCAGCAACAGCAACUGCAGGAGAAGGAACAGCUCCACUCCAAGCUCAACAAUAAUAAUAACAACAAUAUUGCUGCCACCACCAACAAUAAUAACAACACCAUGGAGAGCAUCAAUCUGAUCGACGAAUCGGAAAUGACGGAAAUCAAGAUUAAGAGUGAGCCCCUGACGGCUCCGCCUCCACAGCAAUCACCGCAUGGAAGUAGCCAUAGCAGCCGGAGUGGGAGUGGAACUGGAAGUCACAGCAGCCUGGCCAGCGAUGGUAGUUUGCGACGCAAGUCCUCCGACUCUCUGGAUAGCCACGGAGCCCAAGAUGAUGCGCAGGACGAGGAAGAUACCACGGCCAAUGGCCAGCGAUCCGAGAGCCGUGCUCCGGAGGUACCACAGUUGCCCACCAAAAAAGAAACAGUGGACGACAUGCUGGAUGAGGUGGAACUAUUAGGACUUCAUUCCCGUGGAUCUGAUCUCGAUAGCCUUGCCUCGCCAAGCCACUCCGACAUGAUGCUGCUCGACAACAGCAAGGACGAUGUCUUGGAUGAUGAUGACGACGAUGAUUGCGUGGAGCAGAAAAGAGAUUCUAGCAGUGGCAGUCUCAAAAAACCCGGUAUGGAUUUGAAACGUGCUCGAGUAGAGAACAUUGUCUCGGGAAUGAGAUGUAGUCCAUCCUCCGGAUUGGUGCAAGCAGGACAACUCCAGGUGAAUGGCUGCAAGAAACGCAAGCUCUACCAACCUCAGCAACACGCCAUGGAGCGAUAUGUGGCCGCCGCAGCUGGUCUGAACUUCGGCCUAAAUCUGCAGAGCAUGAUGCUCGACCAGGAUGACAGCGAAUCCAAUGAGCUGGAGUCCCCGCAAAUCCAACAAAAGCGUGUUGAGAAAAAUGCCCUCAAGUCGCAGCUCAGAUCCAUGCAGGAGCAGUUGGCAGAGAUGCAACAGAAAUACGUGCAGCUGUGCUCGCGAAUGGAGCAAGAAUCCGAGUGCCAAGAACUUGACCAGGAACAGGAUGCGGAGCAGGAACAGGAACCCGAUAAUGGCAGCAGUGAUCACAUCGAGCUGUCGCCCUCGCCAACUUUAACCGGAGACGGUGAUGUGAGCCCUGCCCACAAGGAUGAACCAGGACAAGAACGACCUGGUUCCAGUUCCCCCUCACCAUCUCCUCUGAAGCCCAAGACAACUCUGGGCGAAAACACUGACUCGGGAGCCAACAUGCUGUCCCAAAUGAUGAGUAAGAUGAUGUCCGGCAAGUUGCACAAUCCACUAGUGGGCGUAGGUCAUCCAGCCCUUCCCCAAGGAUUCCCACCCCUUCUACAGCAUAUGGGCGAUAUGUCGCAUGCGGCCGCCAUGUACCAACAGUUCUUCUUCGAGCAGGAGGCUCGUAUGGCCAAGGAAGCGGCCGAGCAACAACAACAGCAACAGCAGCAGCAACAACAACAGCAGCAGCAGCAACAACAACAAGAACACAGCAGACGCUUCGAGCAGGAACAACAAGAACAACAGCGACGCAAGGAGGAGCAACAACAGCAGAUCCAACGUCAACAGCAGCACUUGCAACAGUUGCAGCAACAGCAAAUGGAGCAGCAACAUGUGGCCACCGCGGCGCCAAGGCCGCAAAUGCACCACCCAGCGCCCGCUCGUCUACCCACACGAAUGGGCGGGGCAGCUGCCCACACCGCCCUCAAGUCCGAGCUGUCCGAAAAGUUCCAAAUGCUGCGCGCGAACAACAAUAGCUCAAUGAUGCGCAUGUCGGGCACGGACUUGGAAGGACUAGCCGAUGUGCUCAAGUCUGAAAUCACCACCUCGCUGUCCGCUCUGGUGGACACCAUUGUGACCCGUUUCGUCCACCAAAGGCGGCUGUUCAGCAAACAGGCGGACUCUGUGACUGCAGCGGCCGAACAACUAAACAAGGACCUGCUGCUGGCUUCGCAGAUCCUCGACCGGAAGUCACCGCGCACCAAAGUAGCGGAUAGGCCCCAGAACGGACCCACGCCCGCAACACAAUCAGGUAAUAAUGGUUCACUACUCCUAGCUAAUAGUCAAAUGCCCUCCCAAACGCCCGCGAAUGGGUCGAGUGCGCAGCAGCAACAGCAGCAGAAUGCUCAGCAGCAACAUCAGAGCUCGCAACAGCAGCAACAACAGCAGCAAGCGCAGCAACAGAAUGUGGCGCAACAACAGCAUAUGCAGCACCAACAGCAGCAGCAAUCGCAUCCUUUGUUGCCUCCCAACUGUCAACAGCUGAUCUCCGCCCCUCGCCUAAAUGGCAGUCAGUUAUCCUUCGCCUCGCCCGCCGCUGCUGCAGCCGCUGCAAUGGGUCUGCAGAUGCAUCAUGCGGCCGCCGCAGCAGCUAUGUCCGCCCAGCAGCAGCAGCAGCAGCAGCAACAGUCGGGGGAUCCCGGCGCAAAUACUAACCAAAACAACGGGCCAGCCAACCCCACUAACAAUAGCUUAAGUACCCUUAAUAUACCGCCUCCUCACAUUCGUCCUUCGCCCACAGCGGCUGCCAUGUUCCAGGCGCCCAAAACGCCUCAGGGCAUGAAUCCAGUGGCCGCCGCCGCGCUCUACAACUCGAUGACCGGACCCUUCUGCCUGCCGCCCGAUCAGCAGCAGCAACAGACCGCCCAACAGCAACAGUCCGCCCAGCAGCAGCAGCAGCAAAGUUCACAACAGACGCAGCAGCAGCUGGAGCAGAACGAGGCCCUCAGCCUGGUGGUGACUCCAAAGAAGAAGCGCCAUAAGGUGACGGACACACGCAUCACGCCGCGCACCGUCAGCCGUAUCCUGGCCCAGGAUGGCGUAGUGCCACCCACUGGAGGACCACCGACUACCCCUCAGCAGCAGCAACAACAGCAGCAGCAGCAACAGCAGCAACAGCAACAACAGCAGCAACAGGCGCCGAAUGUCGGCAAUAGCAAUGCCACGCCCGCCCAGAGUCCAACGAGGAGCAGUGGAGGAGCUGCAUACCAUCCGCAACCGCCACCACCACCACCACCCAUGAUGCCCGUGUCCUUGCCCACCUCCGUGGCCAUUCCUAAUCCCUCGCUGCACGAGUCCAAGGUCUUCUCGCCAUACUCGCCGUUCUUCAAUCCGCAUGCAGCCGCUGGUCAACCAACGGCCGCCCAACUGCAUCAGCACCACCAACAGCACCACCCGCACCACCAACCCAUGCAGUUGUCCUCGAGUCCGCCGGGCAGCUUGGGCGCUCUGAUGGAUUCCCGCGACUCACCGCCGCUGCCCCACCCGCCGUCGAUGCUUCAUCCCGCCCUGCUGGCCGCCGCUCAUCACGGCGGAUCGCCCGACUACAAGACCUGCCUGCGGGCUGUCAUGGACGCCCAGGAUCGCCAGUCCGAGUGCAACUCGGCCGACAUGCAGUUCGAUGGCAUGGCUCCUACUAUAUCCUUUUACAAGCAAAUGCAACUAAACACAGAACACCAGGAGUCGCUGAUGGCCAAACAUUGCGAAUCCUUGACUCCUUUGCACUCUUCUACAUUGACACCGAUGCACCUGCGCAAGGCCAAGCUGAUGUUCUUCUGGGUGCGCUAUCCCAGCUCCGCGGUGCUCAAGAUGUACUUCCCGGACAUCAAGUUCAACAAGAACAACACAGCACAAUUGGUGAAAUGGUUCUCGAACUUCCGAGAAUUCUACUACAUACAAAUGGAGAAAUAUGCACGACAAGCUGUCACCGAAGGCAUCAAGACACCCGAUGAUCUGUUGAUUGCUGGAGAUAGUGAAUUGUAUCGCGUGCUCAAUUUGCACUACAAUCGCAAUAACCACAUUGAGGUACCCCAGAAUUUCCGCUUCGUGGUCGAAUCGACUCUGCGGGAGUUCUUCCGUGCAAUACAGGGUGGCAAAGACACCGAGCAGUCAUGGAAGAAGUCCAUAUACAAGAUCAUCUCGCGAAUGGACGAUCCGGUGCCAGAGUACUUCAAGUCGCCCAAUUUUUUAGAGCAGCUGGAAUAAGUGGAGGAGUUGGCGCUGCCGACGCUGCCGUUGCCGCACCCGCUGGGAAUGCCACCGCCCAUCAGUCCGGCAUCAACUUCCACCAACUGCAGCAACACUACAGCCACCACCUCCAACUCCAGGGCCGGCAGCAGCCAUUCGAAGGCGAGGCGCAGGCCAAAGCUAAAAGGCUAAACCUGCGCAGGAAACACGACUGGAUAUAACCAACUUCCCAGCCAAAAAAAAAAAAAAACAAGAAAUACCAAACGAACAAACAAUAUCCACACACAGAAAAAGAACUUAGAUAUAGCUGAGAGAUUUGCAGAAACACACGAGUCGAAAACGCGUUUAGAAAACACACUGAGCAAAAUAUUUUUUCAAAAAUUUCCAAAACCACAAAACCUACACAUAUAUACACACAGAAAACAUUUUACGUGAACCUCAGCAAACAGAAGC